CCAACACCUGUUCAUUUCUCUCCCUCCUCUCUCCGUUAAUAAUGACAUUUCUGACAUACAAUAACGUCAUAAUCUGCAUUGAUUGAGGACAACUGGGUCAUCCCAUUUCUUUGGCCAUUUCUUGUUUUUGAUUGUAUUUUUCGUAGAUUUGCCGCAGGAAUGAUGGUCUGAGGAGAAUUCCAGGAGAUUCCAAGUGGGUUCUUGUCGGUUUUUCGGAUUGGACGAGGAAGAGGUGGGAAAGGUGUGGGUUUGGGGUUGUUUGGGUAGUGGGAAUUGGGAAGAAAGAGGAGGAAAUUUGUGUGGUUUCUGGGGGAUUUGUGAUGGGAUUCGUCAGUAGUAUAUUGGGACUUUUUGGGUUCGGAGUGGGGAUUUCUAUUGGGCUUUUGCUUGGGUAUUUUUUCUUUAUCUACUUCGAAUCCAGCGAUGUCAAGGACCCCGAUAUUCGCCCAUUAGCCGAGCAGGACUCAGAAAGCUUGCAGCGGUUGCUUCCAGAGCUACCCCUUUGGGUGAAAAACCCCGAUUUUGAUCGUGUUGACUGGCUGAACAAGUUUAUCGAAUACAUGUGGCCUUAUCUGGAUAAGGCAAUUUGCAAGACUGUAAAAGAUACCGCAGCACCGAUCAUUGCUGAGCAAAUUCCAAAGUAUAAGAUCGAUGCAAUCGAAUUUAAAACACUUACAUUAGGAUCCCUACCACCAACUUUUCAAGGGAUAAAAGUCUAUUCUACUGAUGAGAAGGAGUUGAUCAUGGAGCCAUGCUUGAAAUGGGCAGCAAAUCCAAAUGUGACUGUUGCUGUAAAAGCUUUUGGGUUGAAAGCAACUGCUCAGGUGGUGGAUUUGCAAGUCUUUGCUCUACCGCGUAUUACCAUGAAGCCGUUGGUUCCUAGUUUUCCCUGCUUUGCCAACAUCUUCGUGUCUCUAAUGGAGAAGCCUCAUGUUGAUUUUGGACUAAAGCUUCUAGGGGCUGAUCUUAUGUCAAUCCCUGGCCUCUACCGGUUUGUUCAGGAGCUUAUCAAGGAACAGGUUGCCAACAUGUAUCUCUGGCCAAGAACCCUUGACGUACAAAUUUUAGACAUAGCCAACGCAAUGAAGAGGCCUGUAGGAAUUCUCACUGUUAAGGUUCUGAGGGCAAUGAAACUAAAAAAGAAAGAUCUCUUGGGAGCAUCAGACCCCUAUGUAAAACUAAGACUUACUGAAGACAAGCUUCCAUCAAAGAAGACUACUGUGAAGCACAAAAACUUGAAUCCUGAAUGGAAUGAAGAGUUUAACUUUGUUGUCAGAGUUCCCGGGGCGCAAGCUUUAGAGCUUUCUGUUUAUGACUGGGAGCAGGUCGGGAAACAUGACAAGAUGGGAGUGAACGUCGUGCCUUUGAAAGAACUUCCUCCGGAUGAGCCAAAGACGAUGACUCUUGACCUCCUUAAGAGCCUGGAUCCAAAUGAUUCUCAAAAUGACAAAGGCCGUGGACAGCUUGAGGUGGAAUUGACAUACAAACCUUUCAAGGAGGAGGACAUGGUGAAGGAGAGUGAUGAUUUAGGUACGAUGGAGAAGGCUCCUGAAGGAACACCUCCUGGUGGAGGUCUGCUUGUGGUCAUAGUCCAUGAAGCACAAGAUUUGGAAGGAAAGCACCAUACUAAUCCAUUUGUCCGGAUUCUUUUCAGAGGGGAGGAGAGAAAAACUAAGCCAAUUAAGAAGAGCAGAGAUCCAAGAUGGCAAGAGGAGUUCCAGUUUAUGCAGGAGGAACCUCCCAUCAACGAUAAACUGCAUGUGGAAGUCAUCAGUACCUCCAAGAGGAUCGGCCUGCUGCAUCCUAAGGAAUCUCUGGGGUACAUUGUUGUCAAUCUUGCUGAUGUCGUGACCAACAAACGGAUCAACGAGAAGUACCACCUGAUAGACUCAAAGAAUGGGCAGAUUCAAAUUGAGCUGCAGUGGAGAACUAGUUCCUGACCUCACACAGAACCUUCCUUCAAUUGGAUUUUCCUCUAAAGACAAAUUCUCUCUGUCUUCCAUUUUCCUUUUCCAAUCUUUUCUCUGCCAAUUUUUUUUUUUUUUUGGCACUAGCAAUAAUCUAAAUAUUCAAACCCAAUUUGCAGAGAAAUCAAUGAAAAUUUGAAGGAAGGAAAAUGUAGAUUGAAGAUGUUGACUUUCUUCACCCCAGUCUA